CUGCAACUAACACGAAAGUGACCGUCACGACGAAGCUGGCAGAGAAACUGAUGCAACAAGUGCUCCGCUAAGAAGGAAAGAAAAAGAAGUGAUGGACCACUCCAAACAGAGUAAGUACAAUGCAAGCGAGAAGAAGGACAGCGGGGACAGCAGCUCCGUGCUCAACGGACACUUUGACGGGAUGGUGAAGAGGACAGCUGGCGGUCCCCAGGCACCGGGAGCGGAGUCCGCGCCGCACCGGUCGACCUCCGGGGUGAUGGAGAGCUGGAAGGAGGAGCGCACCAGGAGCCUGGAGGACAACGAGAUGAGCCUGCCGUCCCUGGCCGCAGCCUACACCACCAUCCUGCGUGGGCUCGGGGAGAACCCGCAGCGGCAGGGGCUCCUCAAAACCCCCUGGAGGGCCGCCACGGCCAUGCAAUUCUUCACUAAGGGCUACCAGGAGAAAAUUAUCGACGUGUUGAAUGACGCCAUCUUUGAUGAAGACCAUGAUGAGAUGGUGAUAGUCAAAGACAUUGACAUGUUCUCCAUGUGUGAACAUCACCUGGUGCCCAUCUUCGGCAGGGUUCACAUCGGAUACCUCCCAAACAAGAGAGUACUGGGCCUCAGCAAGCUAGCAAGGAUUGUUGAAAUCUACAGCCGUCGACUACAAGUUCAGGAGAGGCUGACCAAACAAAUUGCUGUGGCUAUUACGGAGGCCCUGCAGCCCACUGGGGUCGGAGUUGUCAUCGAGGCAACUCACAUGUGUAUGGUGAUGCGAGGCGUUCAGAAGAUGAACAGUAAAACCGUCACCAGCACCAUGCUGGGAAAUUUCAGAGAAGAUCCAAAAACCCGCGACGAGUUUCUGAGGCUCAUCAAAAGCUGAGGGGGGUGAAGCUCCUCCUCUUCCUCCUCCUGUUGCCUGGGGUUACCUCCAACCUACAUGAACCAGCUGCCAUGCUACCUGUGUGUGUGUGUGUGUGUGUAUGUGUUUGUAUGAGUGUGUGUUUCCAUCUCACCAAAGGCAGUGGCAGAGUGUUUGCUGUGUUAUUGUACUAGUGAAUUGUUACCUCUGUGAUUUUAGUGCGAGGCUGCUGACUGACACGUUGUUUGCUUUUAGACGACGGGACAGACUUUAGUCCUUUUGUCCACGUGUCGUGUGUGCUCGUUCUUCAAACAUCAGUCGCAGGCCUCUGAAAAAAUGGAAGAAUUUACGGAGAGAUUAUUCCCCCUGACAAAGUAAUCGGUUCUUUUUGUACUUCCAGAUGUCAUGAAAUCAUUUCCAGCAGCUGGUGGGUAAAUGCCCUUUGUUUACAGUGUGUCACAAGUCAAUAACACAAAGAUAAAAACAAAGUAAAGUAUAAUAUUCACACUAGUAUCUCCUUCUUUAAAUAUAAUAUUGACACUAAGCAGUCCAGAAUUUGUUGACUGGAAAUGACUGGAGCCAUAUUCUGAAAAAAAUCCAAAGGACAAAAGCUGAUGUCAGGAAAACGCCUAAAAAUAAGAGGCCCUAAUGUUAGGAAUCAGAAUCCAAAGAAUUUUCUCACUAAAAGCGGUGCCUAUAUCAAAGUCAGUACAUUCACACAUAACAUCAAGCAACACUGACCAAAGUGCUUUACAGAUACAGCAAAUAUUUCCAUUACAAUCAAACUGCCCAGAGGACUCGAUGUCACUACAAGCCCCCUUUUAAACAUGGAAUGAACAGCUUCAUCCCUCUAUUAAAGCUGCAGCACUCUGUCAUUCAAACGUUGCUCACUUUAUUCAUCACAGCUUCAUCCAAACACACCCACUCAGAAACCCUAAAUGCACAUGUAGCACUUGACUGAAGUUAACCCUAGUUUGGAUCUUUUACUUCUCACGGCAGUUGUUGCUGGGAGGGUGGAUGUGCAUGCUGUACAGACCUGUCCAUGUCCAUCACAUACAGCGCCAAAGAAUUCUCCUCUCGACUGAGAAAGUUUCCCAGCUUUUCAUUACUGUGAUUCUGGAAAAAAAUGCUAGUUUGCAACACUCUGACUGAAUAAAUAAACCUGAUUUUGAGGCCGUUGCUCUCAAAAAAUUGGUGCAAAAUGUAGAAUUAACUAAACAAUUUUGUUUGAUCAAAUAUGGGUUCAACACGAGUUUCAGAACUGUGUGCCUGAGACGACCAUAUUUAGGACACCUCUUUGUGACAUCAUACAGAGCCAAGAGUAGAAAAAAAAACACUCUAAAACCAAUCUUAUAGAGCAGCCUGAAUCCUGAGACACUGAUUUACUUGUACAUACAGGCCUUGAGGCGACUGCUGUGAUUUGGUGCUAUAAAACUGAAUUGAAUACCCUGACACUGGCUAUGGUUAAAUGCCCACCAUUGGAACAGCGUGCAAAAACAGCCAUUUAACCUUUCAGCAUAUUGUAAUUCAAGUAGUCUGAGAGGGAAUUCCUGCAUCUCCUCUCAGCUCUCCUUCCAAGCUCCAACAAUAUCUUGUAGGUUUGCUUCAUGAACUAUUUUACAAACCAAAACUGCUCAAUAAUGUUUUAUAUAUUUAAAUGUGAUGUCUGACCAAGCAUCUUUGACAAUAUCACUCUGUGACCUGUUCUCACUUCAUUAUGACAUUUUAAACAACUAAUUAUUAAAAAAAUAGAACACUUAACAGCUACGGCCCUGUACAUAAAAUUAUUAUUUGUGUAAUCAGUUUACACAUUUGAUUUUCUUUGAUGGAUGGCACUUUAUCACCUCACACUUCAAAAACAUAAUUUCUAAACUUUGCUGUCACAAAUAUUUAGCCUUCCAUUCUGGGCUUUUUAAUUAAUUAAAAACUCAAAACUAGAAUCUUUGCCAUGAAUCGUGCAUUGUUAUUAUUAUUGUUUUUGCUGCAUUAACACAAUUUCAAUAUCAAAUUUCACGGACUCAUCAGAGUAAAUAUUCAGAUUGCAUACAUUACACCAAUAUUCAGAUUUUAUUUUUUCAGUUUCAUUCUUUUUAUGUUCCUUUGCAAGGAUCUGCCUUCAUGUGCCAACUCGCUUCUCAGUUAAAACAAAACAAAUCUUUAUGAAUCAAACUGGAAUUUUUCAUUUCCAUGAGAAGCAAAUGAAGUGAGUGUGUGUGUGUGUGUGUGUGUGUGUGUGUGUGUUUCCAUCCCAGCAGAUGAACAGUGUGUGAGUGUGGGCUGUUCAGUGAGUUUAUAUUUACUUGUGUAGCAUACUUCUUGCAUUUCAAUGCAUCACAAAUAUCCCCAGACAGAUUUUGGGAGGUUUUAACUUGUGCAACACGAUGACUGGAGUUGAGCGUGUGUGUGUGUCUGUGUGUGUGUGUGUAUGUUGGAGGGAAGAUGGGCGAUAACAAACAGCUCUGAUGUUUUUGUGGCCUUGUUGAGAAGGAAAGCCUGUUCAUUGGCCCCUUCGCCAUCAUUGUCACAUCAUGUACUGUGUUCACAUUGAAGAGUUUUUAAUCAAAGAAAAUAAAUCUCUAUGUGACAACA